CGCGCGACCACCCUGCACGCGGCAUCUACAUCGUAUCGUCGCUGCUACCCCGGCAAGCCGUGUAAGAGGGUACCUGCCCACCCCCGAUCGAAGGGGUAAUAACACGCGAGCAACGAUAAGGACGUGAGAGCUCGGUCAGUCGACGAAGUGGACGACGAAUCGAGUCAUGCGGCGAAACGAGGAGUAGUGAGGUCGGCGCAUUUUCGAAAGAGACCGUCUCUCCGCUCGUUCCGCGUGCUUACGGUGCGCGCCGGUACAGACAUUCGACAUGUUCGCCGCGAUGGUGCUGCACAAGCAUAACAAGCACAACAAUGGGAACCACUCGAAUCAUCAUCACGCCAGCAACAACAACUCCACUACCAAUUCCACCAGCAAUCACCUCAACAACAACAAUCACAUCAAUAACAACGUCAACAACGUGAACCAGGCGUACAGCACGAGGGCGAAGGUGGACCCCGAGCUGAUAUUUACAAAACAGGAAAGAAUUGGGAAGGGUAGCUUCGGCGAGGUUUUCAAAGGUAUCGACAACAGGACCCAGCAGGUUGUCGCCAUCAAGAUCAUCGAUCUUGAGGAGGCGGAAGAUGAGAUCGAGGACAUACAGCAGGAGAUUAUGGUGCUGUCGCAGUGUGACAGCCCAUACGUCACCAAGUAUUAUGGAUCUUAUCUCAAGGGUACGAAGCUAUGGAUCAUCAUGGAGUAUCUGGGUGGCGGCUCGGCCCUGGACUUGAUGAAGGCCGGUAGCUUCGAGGAGAUGCACAUCGCCGUGAUAUUACGCGAGGUGCUCAAAGGGCUGGAUUAUCUGCACAGCGAGCGUAAGCUCCAUCGCGAUAUUAAAGCGGCGAAUGUUUUGCUGAGCGAAAUGGGCGACGUUAAGUUGGCCGACUUCGGUGUAGCCGGUCAAUUGACGAACACCACCAGUAAACGGAAUACCUUCGUCGGCACGCCGUUCUGGAUGGCACCCGAAGUCAUCAAACAGUCCGCUUACGAUUCCAAGACGUACUCGGUGGCCUUGAUCUAA